AUGUCUGGCCCGCAAACCGCAACUCUCGCCGCCGGAUGUUUCUGGGGCGUAGAGCACCUCUAUCGCAAGCACUUCGGUAACGGAAAGGGUCUGUUGGAUGCAAAGGUGGGCUACUGCGGUGGCUCGACCGCGUCGCCGUCCUAUCGCGCCGUCUGCUCGGGCGACACUGGCCAUGCCGAAGCUCUGCAGGUGACGUUUGAUCCUUCCAUCGUCAGCUACCGGUCUCUGCUGGAGUUCUUCUUCCGCAUGCACGACCCCACGACCAAGAACAUGCAGGGCCCGGAUAUCGGCACCCAGUACCGCAGUGCGAUCUUCACACAUGGCGAGGAGCAACAGAAGAUCGCGGAGGACGUUGCGGAGAAAGUGAGCAAGGAGUGGUACCACAAGCCUCUUUCCACCGAGAUCGUCCCCGCCGGUCAGUGGUGGGAUGCUGAGGAGUACCACCAGCUCUACUUGAACAAGAACCCCGCGGGUUACGAAUGUCCUGCCCAGUAUGUGUCUUUUGAUGGUGUCUUCGUUGAAGUUGUGGGUUGGGUUGUGCUGACGUGCUAUGAACAGCUUUAUAAUGGUAAAUAUCUCUGA